AUGAGCGAGGCGCUGCUGUCACCGAAAGCCCUAGAAGCCAUCCGGGCACUCGAGGAGAGCAAACGGAAUCAGAAACUAUGGUCGCGCGAAGCGGUGCGCCUUCAGACGGCGCUGUUGCUGUGCAUGGCGAUGGCGUGCAACAGUCUGAUGAGGGGCAGCAUGUCGUUGGCCAUCGUUUGUAUCGUGGCGAGGAACGUGUUCCCGACUACGGCCAAUAACAAUGACACCACGGUGGCGGCGCCGGCGGAGGAUCGGUUUAAUAGAGAAUACCAAGUGGACUGGACCUCCGAGGAGCAGGGCCGGAUCCACACCGCAUAUUAUAUCGGCGCCUUUCUCGCCAUCCUCGCUACAGACUACAUUAUUCGAAGAUACGACCCGAAACCGGUGCUGUCAGUAGCGCUACUGCUGAACGCGAUCGGGUCGAUUUGUGCGCCAUUCUCCGUCAUUCUGCUACAACAUCAUUUGUACCUCGCUGCCGUGCGGUUUUUGAUGGGAUUUGGGAGUGGCCUCAUCGCCCCCUGCGGCCUGUUCAUCAUCUCCAAAUGGUUCCCGAUGACCGAGAAAAGCACGGCUGUGGCCGUCUUUACCACCGGGAAUCAGCUCGGCAUCGGCCUGUCGAUGAUCUUCACCGCCAAGCUGUGCCAGGCCACGUGGGGCGGCGGCUGGCCCCUGGCCUUCAUUGGAUAUGGCCUCCUCACCCUCGUCUACGUCAUCAUCUGGCAGUUCAGGGGCAGCUCGCGGCCACGCUGUUCUAAAUAUAUCACGGCCACGGAAUUGGAGUAUAUUACAGCAACAUUCGCCGCUUCCUUUUUCAUCGUUGCCGCCCCGCUCGCUGCUGCUAGCCCGACCUUGUCGAUGUUGUGCGUCUGCGCGGCGAUGGCGCUAUUUGGGGCCUUUGUGCCGGGGUAUAACACGGCCGUCGUGUGUGUCGCGCCGGAGUUCACAGCUACCAUCUCCUCCUAUCAGCAGUUGUACUCGCAAAUUGGCAGCCUGCUGGCCCCGUUUCUCAUUGGGAUAAUCACGAGAAAGGGCACGUACGAAGAAUGGCGAACCGUCUAUCUGAUGCUCGCCUUCGUCCUCAUCAUCGCCGGCCUUUUCUACCAAAUCUGGGGACAUGGUGGGCCAAAAACAAACUUCAAAAGCGAAACGAUU